UGAAUUUUCUUAAAAGGAAGUGCAGAAGCUGAACGACUUGUUCCUCAAGAUAUCUGGGUCAAUUUUUUCACUACAAAUCAAGCAACACAAGACUCCCGCGAUCUUCCCAAUCUUUCUCACAACUCGCUCUCUCAAGAUUUGUAGAUCAGUGUGAUCUUUAUGAUGGCAACUGAAACGAAGGCAGCUACUGAGGAAGUGAAAGUUGACCUCUUCGAGGAUGACGAUGAGUUCGAAGAGUUUGAGAUUAAUGAAGAGUGGGAAGUCAAGGAAGGUAAAGAAAUUAAUCAGCAGUGGGAAGACGACUGGGACGAUGACGAUGUGAAUGACGACUUCUCGUUGCAACUUAAGAGAGAAUUGGAGCACAAUGCUGUGAGAAAAUGAAGACACUUAGGAAUCUUAUUCAAUCAGGAAUGUACCAAAAACUUCAACCAUUAUGAACUUGCUGUCAUGAAUUGGAUCCAACGUUGAGGUUUAAAAUUUGAUCAAUUUUGGGUGUGGCCUUGUGAGAAGGAAUUGAUGAGGGGCAAGAAAAAAGGUACGGAAUUCUGUAUCAUUUCCAUUUGUUUUCUUUCAUAGUAAGAACUUUAAGUGCUCCAUA